GCCAAAAUCCCUGCAGCAUAGCCUUCAUAAAACUAGCUAGCUAGUGGUUCAUCUUUAUGAAAUGGAGGUCAUGAGUGGAAAAAAUAAUUCUUGCUUCUUGAAUAAUGGUGAUGUUGUGGAGAAAAUGAAGAGGUUAGGAAGAUUAACAUGUAGAAAAAUUUGGAAAGUAGGGAAAGAAGAUAAAAGAAGGGUUAUUCACUCACUAAAAGUUGGAAUCUCCUUGUCAUUGGUCUCCUUGUUAUAUUUAAUGGAGCCAUUGUUCAAAGGCAUCGGAGAAAAUGCUAUUUGGGCUGUCAUGACUGUGGUGGUUGUUCUUGAAUUCACAACAGGGGCAACAUUAUAUAAAGGGCUGAAUAGAGGACUAGGGACACUAUUAGCAGGAUUAUUGGCUUUCUUGAUCGAACGUAUUGCCAAUGAAUCUGGCCACAUAUUUCAUGCUGCUUUCAUUGGGACCGCAGUUUUUCUAGAGCCAUGA